UAGAGGAAAACCUGCAAGCGAACCACACGCGUACAAUUUAUCCCACGCUUAGGCUUAGCCAUUUGGAUUUGGGAAUUGGAAUUGGAAUUGGAAUUUGGGGCAGACGGAAGAAGAAAGAAAGGAAAGUAAAAAUGGCGGACCCGAAGACCCGACCGCAACUCGGCGGAGUAAUGGCCGCCACCGACGCAUGGCUCAGAAAGCACCGGCUCAUCUACAUCGAAGCCACUCGCCAUCCUUUCGUCCUAACCAUUCGCGACGGCACCAUCGAUUUCUCCGCCUUCUCUUCUUGGGUGGAACAGGAAUGCGAAUUUCUGCGAUCCUUCGCGGCGUUCGUCGGGAGUGUGUUGGUGAAGGCAUGGAAAGAAUCGGACGACAGAGCGGACGAGGAGGUGAUACUUGGAAGUUUGGCUUCUCUGAACGACGAAAUCGGGUGGUUCAAGAAGGAAGCCCUAAAACGGGGGAUGAAUUUGAGUGAGAUUGUUCCUCAAAAGGCAACCGCCGGCUACUCCAGGUUUCUGGAGAGUCUGAUGCGGCCGGAAGUGGAAUAUACGGUGGCGAUUACGGCUCUUUGGGCGAUGGAAGCCGUGUACCACGAGAGCUUUGCGUACUGCCUGGGAGAUGGAUCAAAAACGCCGCCGGAAUUGAGAGAAGCGUGCGAGAGGUGGGGGAAUGAAGGAUUUGGAAAGUACUGCAAUACCUUGAAGAACAUUGCGGAUCGGCGGAUGGAGAUGGCCGCCGGAGAAGUGGCGAAGAAAGCAGAAGUGGCGUUGUUGCGAGUUCUUGAAUAUGAGGUUGGGUUCUGGAAUAUGAACCGCAGGGAUCCAGUUCCGCUCCCACAAUGCACCGUUCCGGUGGCCGGAGCCACCUCUGCGGGCUGAACAAAAGAAAAUUUUAGGGUUUUUAAAAUUUUGUAUGAGACGUUUAUAUCAAAAGUGGCUGUAGUUUAGUGGUGAGAAUUCCACGUUGUGGCCGUGGAGACCUGGGCUCGAAUCCCAGCAGCCACAUUUUUGUGCUUCAGAUCUUAUUUAUUCAUAUAACGAUUGCAGCAGUUUGCACUAAGCAAAGAAAGCAAAACAAAAAUUCACUGCAAAA